AUGACCUCUUCGCAUGAGUCUUCUUCCACACUAUCGGCUUCGUCUUUACCAUCCACCGUCUCCAAUACCAGCAGUACAGCCACUUCAAUUCACGAAACACCGAAGAACAGCAUCAUCUUGAAAACAGGCAUUGUAGGUGAUGCUCAGAUUGGCAAAACAAGCUUGAUGGUGAAAUAUGCUGAAGGCGCUUUCGAUACAGAUUACAUUCAGACACUGGGUGUUAAUUUCAUGGAAAAGUCCAUCAUGAUUCGUCAGACGGAGAUUACUUUUAGUAUUUGGGAUCUAGGAGGUCAAAGGGAAUUUGUUAGCAUGUUGCCUUUGGUAUGCAACGAUGCCGUGGCCAUUUUAUUCACAUUCGACCUUACACGACGCUCGACGCUUAACAAUAUCAAAGAGUGGUACCGUCAAGCACGGGGUCUAAAUCAGAGUGCCGUGCCCCUGUUGGUCGGAACAAAGUACGACGAAUUCAUACACUCGUCGCCAGAAGAUCAUGAAGAAAUCACACGACAGGCACGGAAAUAUUCUCGGGCGAUGAAAGCACCUUUAAUUUUCUGCUCCACGGCAGAAUCCAUCAAUGUUCAGAAAAUUUACAAGCUCGUUCUAGCCAAAGUGUUCGACAUAGAAUGUACUAUUCCAGAGAUCACAGAAAUCGGGGGUCCUAUCAUUGAAUACACGCACUGUUAA